AUGUCUGUGACGGGCAUCUUCAGCAAAGGGCGCGGCAUCGGCCACGAGGCGGCCACCUCCAUCCUGCGCUACAUCCCGCGUGCCCGGGUGCCGUGGCAGCCGAGCCGCUUCGGCCGCGAGAACCUCACGGCGAACGAUCUUGCCGUGCUGUGGGGCCGCGGCCGCUACCGGAACGGCCCGGGCAACUACAACAGCGGCUACCACACGGAGAAGACGCACGUGCUGGAGGACAACACCGUGACUAUGAUCCCGAAGCACGAGCUGGAGCAGUACAUGCCGGACAUCAGCAUCGGGCCCAAGGCCCUCGUGACGCCGGUCUCGCUGAUGAGCGCCCGAAACGGCCACCGCGUCACGCACGACAUGCUGCACUCGUACGACCCGCACAUUGGCCGCCUAGACAAGCCGGCCGUGGUGGACCACGACAACGUCACCGUCGAGGACCCGAACCGCGUGGGGCUCAACGCCGCCACGCUUGACUGCCGUGGACGCAUCUAUCGCUGGCUGCGACGUGGGCCAUUCUUUCAGGAGGAUCACUACUUCCGGCGGUCAGUGAAACUUAACCGCGACGGCACCGUCCCCGCCGCCGCCCACGAGGCCCCGCUGAUGCGCAAGAUUGUACGCCUCGCCCAACGCGGCCACCUCAAAGCGGCAUGUGAGGAGUACCGCCGCGUCACGACGAUCCCACCGGUCGAGGUGUACCGUGCGCUAACGGCCUGCUGCAUUCCAGCAGGACUCAUCGCGGACGCGGUGGCGAUCUUUGAGGAUGGCAACGCAAAGCUCUUUUAUGUGGCCCGCGAUGGUGAGGUGCUGCACAACGUGAUGCGCUGCGCCAUCAAGGCAAAGCACCGCGUGCGUGUGAUGUGGGUGUACAACGUCAUGCGGGGGCGGUACUACGAGAAUGUCGUUGUGCGUGCGGAGAUCGACCCCAUCUGGCGCUACCGCAUUGCCCUGCUUGCGCUUGAGUACCUGCUGGACCACAACUGCGCGGAGGAGGCCGCGGCGGUGUAUAGCUACCUCGUUGACGAGGAUCUCUUGCAGUGCGAUGUGCACGUGCGUGUCGGUCUCCACAUGCGAGAGGCGCUCGCGAAGGGAAAAGCCGUGGCACUCAGCGAGGAGGUGGCGCGCGCGACGUCGCUGGUGAAGGACGCCGCCGCCGUGGCGCCCGAGGUGGCGCGUGAGCUUCAGCAGCGCCAAGUUGAGGUCCUACGCAGCAAUGAGCGGAGUAAUAACGGUACGAUUAACACGACUGAGCACGCCGCGGCGGCGGGGUCUGUGUGGUCCGCGCACGGUCCACUCACCGCCAUGGACGCCGCGCAGCAGGACGCGUUGUCGUGGAUGCAGGAGAACUUUGGCGAUGUCGACAUUGCGAGUGUGCUGCGGUGGGCCCGGUUUCGCCACGCGAAGGAUUUGAUGGCGAAGGAUCGCUCGCAGUAUCUGGCACGUGCCGCGGCGUGGAUUGAGCUGCUUAGCAGGCGGAGCCACGCGAUGGAGGAGGCGCCGCUGACGUACAUGCGCAAGUCAAGGCCGCUGUCGCUCAACACGAAUGCGAAUGUGCGUGUCGCGUGGCAAACCCCCGUGACACGGCCGGACGGGCCCCCGCGGCUGCUUGCGCGCGAGGAGGGCUACACCUUCCACCACGGCGAACACUCCCGCUUCGUGGCGGAGACCUGCCGGCACCCGGGGGAGACGCUGCAGUCCCGCUUCCUGGCACUGCAGCCCAUUCACACAGAGGUCUCGGCGAAGGAGGAUUUCCAGGCGAUUCAUGCGCAGCGGCAGCAGGCGCGGGCGCUACCUGGCAGCGUCGUGGCUCCGCCGGCACGCAUCCUGCACCACUCCGUCACAAGUGAGCUGCUUGGCGGCGGCGGCAGCAAGCACCAGCGCGGGGCGCCUGCGGCGGAACUGAGAAGUGGAAGGGCAACGAAGGAAGGAACCUUGCACCCUGACGGGUCGCAGGUGGCUGCCGAAACGCGCCGUGGCCAUGGUGCAGGAAACAAUGGUAGUGGUGGCGGCAGUGUCACACCAGAGUUCUAG